UCAUGCCACAUCCCGCUUGUAAUUUCACUCGUAUUCCGAACGUAAUUCGUGAUAAUAAUUAUUAAACGUAAUAUCUGGAUCGAAAGAAGAAGUACCGGAGGAAAAGUCACGUUGGUUGAAUCGAAGUUAACAUCGCAUAUACGUAGAGUUGUAGAGAGCGUCCUUCCGGCAGGCGUUCAGAUCCCGUUCUGAUUGCGACAAGUCCAGUUUUCAUAUGCGCGCACGUUCGGCUUGAUCGAAGUACCAAAUCAAGUUUCCUUCCCCAAUGAGAAUGGACAUCUUUAUAUAAUCGUUUAUCGUGCUUUAAAUGGCUCGUGCAAGGCCAGUAUUUAAUUAGUACCGUAGCACAGUAGUACUACUACAGAAGUGUACCAGGCGAUUAGUACGCUAUAGCGUUGCUACUCGAGUCGGUAUACCGACCGCCAUACUCGGCCUGUAAUCAGCUGUAGCAAGCCAGUGAGGGGGACCUGCGGAUGGUGGACGAGUGUUUACGAAGCCUUCACCCGCGCGUCGAGUGAUGUUCUAGUCCAAACUCUCUCGUCUCGCCGAGAGGAAAACCGACAAGAUGGAUGCGACGGCAGACGGCAAAAGGAUGCAGGACCUUCCGCCGAAGGGAGGCUACGGUCCCAUCCAGACCGAGAGGAUAAAAUUACGCACCAUUCUCGGCGCCAAGAGCACGAUCGCGCUUUUCGUAACCACGACGCUCGCCGGAUUUUACGCCUACUAUCGGAGCUUCAAGGUGGUCAGGCGUGAGCAGAUCGAGAUGAGAAGCGCGCGCCUGGCUAUAUUGCCAUUAUUGCUGGCGGAACGAGACAGAGCCAUCUUGAAGCAAAUGAGACGCAAUCGUGACGCCGAGGCGGAAUUGAUGAAGAAUGUAGAGGGCUGGGAAGUUGGAACUUACUACGGAGAACCGAUAUUCUACCUGGACGACUACAAUCAGUUUAGAGAGCCAUUGUACUUCGAACACUUUGGGCACGCUGAUCCGAAUGUAGUCCGCGCACGUACCGAGCGUCACGCGUUGACGUAAGAAUGUCGUUUGUAGCGCUUGGCGUUCAAGAUUCUAGCCAGCUGUGGAUCUGGUAAUGCGACAAACUGGGAUAAUAGUGUUAAUAAAUAGGGAGAAGUAAUUACUGCAAGUAUAUACUGCAAGCAUAAUUGCUACGAAUAAGAGAGUUUGGAACUAUAGGUUACAAUAAAAUUAUGUUAUGUAACA